AUGGCGAACGUUGUGGAUACUAAGCUAUACGACAUCCUCGGAGUUUCCCCAUCUGCCUCUGAAAAUGAACUAAAAAAGGCCUACCGCAAAUUGGCCAAAGAGUACCACCCUGACAAGAACCCCGACGCUGGAGACAAGUUUAAAGAGAUCAGUUUUGCAUACGAGGUUCUGACAACCCCAGAAAAAAAGGAGCUUUAUGAUCGCUAUGGAGAACAGGGGUUACGGGAAGGAGGUGGCGGAGGAGCUGGGAUGGACGAUAUCUUCUCCCAUAUUUUUGGCGGAGGACUGUUCGGGUUCAUGGGGGGACAGGGCAGAGGACGCAAUGGAGGCAGGAGGAGAGGGGAUGACAUGGUACACCCUCUGAAAGUUUCUCUUGAAGACCUCUACAAUGGCAAAACCACCAAACUGCAGCUCAGUAAGAAUGUUCUGUGUGGUGCCUGCAAUGGUCAGGGGGGUAAGGCAGGAGCAGUGCAGAAGUGUGUGGCAUGCAGAGGACGAGGUAUGAGAAUCAUGAUAAGACAGCUGGCCCCUGGGAUGGUCCAACAGAUGCAGUCCGUCUGCACAGACUGCAAUGGAGAGGGUGAGGUGAUAAAUGAGAAGGACCGCUGCAGAAAGUGUGAGGGUCAUAAGGUGAGUAAGGAGACCAAGCUCCUGGAGGUGCAUGUGGACAAAGGCAUGAGGCACGGACAGAAGAUCACAUUCACUGGGGAAGCUGACCAAGCACCAAACAUCGAACCAGGAGAUAUAGUCCUGGUGCUGCAGGAGAAAGAACAUGAGGAAUUCCGCCGCGAUGCCAACGACCUUCACAUUGUCCAGCGCAUCGGCCUGGUUGAGGCUCUGUGUGGCUUCCAGAUGACCGUCGCACACCUCGAUGCACGUCAGUUGCUUGUCAAAUAUCCACCUGGCAAGGUCAUUGAGCCAGGCUCUGUUCGAAUGGUGAAGGGCGAGGGAAUGCCUCAGUACAGAAACCCAUUUGAAAAGGGAGACCUUUACGUCAAGUUUGAUGUCCAAUUCCCUGAAAACAACUGGAUUAGCCCCGAAAAACUGAAUGAACUUGAGUGCUUGCUGCCUGCUCGCACUGAGAACCCUGUUAUUUCAGCAGAUGCAGAGGAAGUUGACCUGACAGAAUUUGACAAGAGUCAAGGGUCAGGAAGUGGAGCCAGGAGAGAGGCCUACAAUGAUAGUUCUGAUGAGGAAGGGGGUCAUCAUGGCCCAGGGGUGCAGUGUGCACACCAAUAGAAAGACUCAUAAAUAAAGAUGUGCGCACACAUAAACGCAUACAUACAUGAACGUCCCAUUGCUAACAUCGUCCAAGACAUGACACGCAUACAUGCAGGUUUCUCUCAGAUGUACACAAAUACAUUUACAUGUAUAUCCACCCUCAUCAGUUCCAUGGUGCCCAUAAAGUCAGAGAUUUGCUGGACACGUGAUGACCAUUUUUGUGUUUAUGGACAGUAGUGCUCGUCAUAGCAUCCAGCAAACAGGUUCAUUGAAUGAACUUGACUUGCACCACCCUGUUUUCAUCCUAGGCUUUACCUUUCACUGUGGGGAAACACCAGUCUAGUGUAUAAAAUGCAAAUAUUGUUGACUAUCUUGUAUAUGGUGUAGUUUAGUCUAUCACACACAAGCGCAUGCUGCUUUCUUGCUGAAGAUCUUGCACUUGUAUAUCCGGGGUCCAGACAGGACACUACAGAGAAAUCUGACACCACACCUGUUCAAAUAUCAGUGUGUGACUGCUAUCAAAGUGCCCUGCUACCAUAAGAGCUGACCUGAAUACAGCCCUAAAAGUUUGUCCUCUGCAAAGCCUACUGAGAAGCUCAUCCUCUAAGGUGACCCGUCAUGUUUUGAAAUGGGACAGUUUCUGUUAAGUCCCCUGGCUGUCACAUUGCUAAAAUAUUAAAGUCCUUAGUAAAGCUCCUGUCAGCUAUGUUUUCUUAGUUUGGAAAUCAAACAUGCUUUCUUUGUUUUGUUUGAAAGUUAGUGUGUCCGAGACCACAGAACUUGAACCUCAGUUGUGUACUGUUCAUUUGGUUUGAGGAGAUACGUGUGUGUGUGUGUGUAAUGCAGUGGCUCAGUGUGUGUGAGCUGCUGUGGAAUGUUCUGGCAUAUUAGAGCGAUAGGUAGUACUGCUUUGUGUUGGACUGCAGUGUGAGUGGACACUAUAUAGGGUCAAUUUUAAGAGGUAAAAAAGCCGAAUGUUUAUUUGCUAUCCAUGUAGACAUUUCCCUCUGCUCACCAGGGUUGAGAGAUCUUCCUCUCUUGCAGGAAAACCACUGGGCCCGCACCAAACCUAUGUAAUAUACAUAUCUCCCCAUCAUAGUGUUGUUAGCCAAACUUACAACCUUUGACAUGUUAAAAUAUUCCUGUCCCCAUAUACCUGUAAAUAGCAAUAGCCCGAGUCCAGAGGUGCAUUCAAAGUCUACAUCCGUGUCUGUCGUUUAGUCACAUUAUUUCUUACACAAGCGAGUAAUGGUCAGCAGUGCCAAUCUAAAUGGUAUGUUCACAUAUAAAAGAGUUGAUGGAACCUCUGUAGACUGUAAACAUGCACCUGUGGGACUCAUUGUGUAUGCAUUUAGGCCACAGGGAUAAUGUGUACACAACUAAAGGGGGGGUCAUUGAUAAAUGACAUUACUGUUGAUGCUUAUGUUUGUCGAGAUGAUAAUUAACUGUAUAAUAAACAACUCACUUCAAAUUU